AUGUCUUUGUUCCUUCUCUCCCUGGCGCUGCUCGCGGCGCCCACCGCUCUCGUUGCCGGCGCCGAGACGCCCGGCGUGUGGAACGUCCAGCGGCUCAAGCAGAACUGCGGAAAAGGCGGCUGCAACCUAGAGUUCUACAUCAACGGGGAGCUCAAAAUCACCAGCGAUCCGUACAGCGCCCCGGGCACGCGCGACUUUGACGCGCGCUGCACCGGGCUCGCGUUUGGCGGCGACUGGACCCCGUGCCAGAGCCUGAUCCCGUACACGCCGGCAGACAGGGGCGGCCGAGCCAAGAUGGGAGACGUCAACAAAACGUCGGGGUCGGUCGAGGUCUGGUACGCGUGGGUCAAUUGGGAGGGGCAAAGGCAAGUGAAGGAGACGGGCCGCAUGGUGGUGGAAGCGCCGCGGCUGUGGGAUGUGGCAAAGUGCAGGCAAAUGGCCAUUGUUUCCAGGGAAUAUGUGUAG